AUGUCGCUAGAGACAGCACCCGAGCCAAGAUGGGCAUUGGCAGGACUGCCUUGCAGCUACGCGAACUUCCGCCAAUGCACGAUCGAUGACGGAGCCAGCUCCAUUGCAAGCUUCGAGGACGUUGGUGUCAACAGGCUGUCGGGUACGCAAUCGGCUCAGGUGAACUCAUGCUCCAACACGAAAGGCGACACCGGCAAUGGAGCUGUCGCCGAUAUUAGAUACGUUCUUCAAUACAAGAGGAAGGGCAAUAUUGUCGAGUCUCGCCAGAGUAACAAGCCCUUUUCCAACGUGUCCAUGAAUAGAACUGAGGAUGAGGACUCCGGAGUCAAGAAGCCAGUGAUUGAGGUCAUCACUACUGUUUCCGAGAGGGUCAACAAACGCGUUGGAAGUCGUCGCAGGGACUACUACGACUCUGGAAGCGAUUUCUCUUCCCCCGAUGAAGAUGACUUUGAUGUCAACAUGAACAUGAAGAAGGUUAAAAGAACGGAGAUAGUUGUGCACUCCAAGCAUCUCAUCAAUGCGUUUCGCGCCGUCAUCGGAUCGUAUCCUGGUAUCGAUCUGCUGGGCGAGACGAUUUUGUUCGAAGCCCCCUAUUACGCCCUUGCUCACCACAGGGAUGCCCUCUCCCGCUAUCGCAUUGCUCAGCCUCCAUCACACAAUGACGAGUACGCAGCAACCACUGCGAAGCACAUCGGCGUGCUCCUGGACUUCCUGGAUAAGUCAUAUGGUGACAGGAUUCGCGAAGAGGAGGUGCGGCACCGACGUAGCACGCCCGUUGCGACCUGUGACUGGCUAUGGCUGCUAUUCAAGCCUGGUGAAGUUGUCUACAAAGAGCUACACAAUAUCUGGGUGCCUUUUAUUAUUGACCGAGUGGUCCAUAAUUACGCCAGGGAUGGCGGACUGCGUCGCUAUGAAGUUGAGUGCUGGGGCAUCCACUUCAGCGAAGGCAAGAUGAGGCGUUACACCAAGUCGUUCGAUAUCAUGUCGUUCUCGGGCGAACAGCCCAUCUGCAGUCUUGAGGUCAUUCCUGCUACUUUCUUCCCAGAGGAUCUCGGAAAGCAGGGGGGUCUCCCAAUGGCAGAAAGGCAGAUCGCUAUGGGCAAGCUAUACUGGGAACUGGCGAAGCGUCCAGCUUACAAGGAGCACGAUGGACAGGUGGUAAUGAGAAAUGGUGAGAAGACAGGUUAUAACACUGGGCGAGUUAUUAUCGAUGCAGAAGGCUAUGAUCGCUUCUCCAUGGGCCCGAGCAAUGGGCCCCAGCGUCAACCUAUGUCGCCAACCCGACUCUUACCACCUCCCCCUCCCUUCAGACCCCUUACACAGCUCGGGCCGUACUGUGGGUGCCAAGCAUGCGGCAAAGAACGAGAUGACUGCCCCGGACCAUUCGCCAACUUUGAGGACCUGAACCCCCUGACUGACGCACCGCCCAAGAACGACCUGUACUUUCUUGUGUGCAGCCCCAAGAUUCCUGCUUUCGUCCUGUCUGACCGACAGUGGGGCCAGGUCAGUAUCGAUCAUCUCAGUGACGUGAAGUGUGAUACCGAGGCAUUCAAGUAUCUUGUCCUCGACGAGGGCGUUAAGUCAACGGUAAAGGCACUUAUUGGGAAGUUCGCCUCCUUGGACGGUCAGGUAUCACCUUGGCCCCACGACUUUGUUCGCAACAAGGGAGAAGGUAGGAUCUUCCUCCUUCACGGCAGUCCUGGCGUGGGCAAAACAUGCACGGCCGAGUGUGUGGCCGAGCUCACCCGACGGCCACUUCUAUCCCUGACAAGUGGUGACAUCUCUACCUCCAUGUCCAGCUGGAGUGUCGAGCAGAACCUUCAUUAUUUCUUGACCCUCGGCGAGCGCUACGGAGCCCUUGUACUCCUCGACGAGGCGGACGUGUACCUUGAGGAGAGGCGCGCGCGCGACCUGCGCCGUAACGGCCUGGUGUCCAUCUUCCUGCGUGCUCUGGAGUAUUACCGCGGCGUUCUCUUCCUCACGACCAACCGUGUCGAAAGCUUUGACCCGGCUUUCACGUCUCGAAUCCACGUGGCACUGCACUACAAGCGCCUGGGCGAUGUCGACAGGGCCCGCAUCUGGGCGAACAAUUUCGAUAGGCUCGAGCGUGACAGUUCCGGGAAGGUGUAUAUUACCCCGGGCGCGAAGGAACUUGUCUUUGACCACCGUGUCGAUGGCGAGGUCAAUGUUCUUCGCUGGAAUGGGCGCGAGAUCCGCAACGCGCUGCAGACAGCUGUAGCCUUAGCUGAGACAGAGGCUUUAGAGGAAGGCUUGGAAAGGGUAAGCAUUGCGGCUCGACACAUCCGGCAGGUGGUGAAGAUGAGUCGUGGCUUUAAGGAAUAUAUGAUCAAGAGAAGAGGCUAUGACAGCGAUGACGACGAGGAGGAAGAAGGAGAGGAGAGUGAGGAUGAGAAUAGAGAAGAGUGA